AUGAAGGAUGCAGAGAAUGCUUCGCACGAAGGCAAGAAGAAGCACGAGGUGCUCUGGCCGAUCUUCCAGAUCAAUCACCAACGUUCUCGAUACGUCUAUGACCUUUACUAUGAGAAGUAUGCAAUCUCCAAGGAACUUUACGACUGGCUGCUUAAGAACAAGUAUGCCGAUGCCAACUUGAUCGCCAAGUGGAAGAAGCAGGGCUACGAGAAGCUUUGCUGCCUGCGCUGUGUCCAGACGAAGGAGACGAACUUCAACUCCACCUGUAUCUGCCGAGUCCCCAAGGCUCAGCUCAAGGAGGGCCAGACGGUCGAGUGUGUCAGCUGCGGCUGCCGUGGCUGUGGCAGCAGCGACUAA